GUUUUGUGCCAUUUGUGAUCAGCUUUUAAGGCAUGCUUGAGUGUGAUACUCCAUGUGAGUUGGUUAGACAGUUCUUGACUAAUCUUGAGCGUAGACAAAGAAAUCUUGGAAAAAGAAAGAGUAAGCUAGAUGGUUAUCGCGAAAAACUACAGAAAGGUGAGGUCCUGAAAGAGGAACAAAAGAAGGCCGUCGAAAGCUAUGAUGGUGUGGUUCAGAACAUUUCGUUUGUGCAAGAGAUUGUGGCACAGACGAAAGAUCUCUUGUCGAAUAUGGAGUCAGUCGUUGAUAAGCAAAUGUCCCUACUGGAAGCUGAACAUGAGAAAUAUACACUUUCGUAUUUAAGUAUCCACAUGUGCUUGGAACGUUUCUUUGCUUCCUUGGAUAUUCCGGCAGUCCGUUCAGCUGUCACAAAAUCUUCGUCAGAAAACAGCCUUAAGUUGUUAGACGCUGUACGAGACAUAUUAACACCACCGGUAGUGGAUAAUUGGCCUGGACUUAGUUCUUCAGCUCUGUCCUCUGUUCCCAACUUUUUACAAGCACGGGAUGAUCUUAAGGCUGUUGCUACAAGCACCUUCAAUUUGGUGAGUGGGAAUUCAGUACCUGUUCCACUGUCAAACGAUUUAGAGGACUUACGGAAGAAGCACACAACCUACAAAGAUGUCCGCAAUAUGUGUUUCCGACUACUGUCCAACCCACUUGUCCAGCAAUCAAUGGGUCUUAUUAGUGAUAGUAGCACGACGAUUGUACCAGAACCAACACAAGUUGUUACAGAUUCGGAAAUCAACUCAUCUAUCGGCUUAUCAGGUCCUGCUGAAGUCACUACUGUUCCCUACAAUGAAUUCGCAACAAUCAGUGUGCACUCUUCUGUUACAACGUCAGACGAACCGGUGGAUCAAGUUAUCCGACCACUCAAUAGCACGUUUAACUUCAUUCAGGCUUCUAGAGUCACUCAUUCGCAUAUCACGCCCGAACCUCCAGCAAACUACGAAGAUGUUAUGCCUGUUAAUCAAUUACCAAGUAAAACAAGUGUUUCUUGUUUCAGUAAUCAUAAUAUCGAAGAUAACAUAGACCCUUCAUUGGUUACAAGGAUAGACCAACAAUAUGUUUUGAAUAUUCCAGAAGUUGAACACUCAAAGAUUGAAUUAUUCGGAAGAAGUUCAUCAUCUUUGUCAUCAGACAAUGUCAAUCAACCUACGUCUUUUAAAUCAAUAUUAUCUCAGGAUGAGCAUGAGGGAAAUAGCAAUAUUCACAAACCAAUUUCAUAUGCGGAUUCUGUUCGGAGAGCCGGCCAAGUACACGCAGGUUUUAGUCGUCCAGCAGUUGUAGAUAAUAUAAACUCUAAAAAGAUCGACCGCACAAUGGAUGAAAACUCUCGUGAGUCCGAACAACUUGAUUCGAAUUUCGCGCGUGGAAAUUCCAAAGUUGGAUCACGUAGUCGCAUUCCAAAUGAAAAUCGAGGUCGUGGAAGCGGUGGUCCAAGACGUAAUACCGGUCAGCGGGGUGGUGGCGGUAAUUUCGGUGCUCAUCCAGGUCGUGGUGGCGCUCAUCGAGGAAUGACUACUGCAUUUGCUCAACCUACUUACUGAUUGUCGUAUUGAUCAAGCCCGAAAUCUAAUUCCUUCAAUAUCAAAGCAGUAUCACAACCCUCACACAAAACAAGUGACUUGUGUGGCGCUUUGUUGAUCAUAUGUACCAAUAUUAAUAUGAUCAAAUGAAUAAAUUCGUCCCACAUCGUAAACUGUACAGUAGAAUUUUUUACAUGCACAACAAUCGGAACAUCUUAAUGAAACAGUACAAAAUAAAUGGAAUUUACAAAUAGAUUAAAACUGAAGUAUUUUACGUUUGACGAUUUUGCGGGAGAUCACAAAUAUCUUAAUAUUAGCCAGAAAUUAACGUUCGGAUUUUUUCCUGUUGACUUUGAUAUAAUCUUGAAGGCUUCGUCAACAGAAAGGUUAGAGUAUCAAGUGUUUUUGUAUGUCCGUGAUGGAUUUCCACCCUACAAGUGACAUUUCCCAUAUUCUAGUUUUAAGUUGUCUUUCGACAUCAAUCAUUUUUUCUAUUACAGUUCAUAAAUUACAGGUUAGUCGACUAUAAGCUCCCUAUUCGGCUUAGUAUUGGAAAUGUAGUCAUGUACCCAUUAAGGUCCAUAGGUUAUAACAAGAACCUAGUAAUCAGUGAGCAGCAUAAACGAGACUAUAGUAUGACCAGUAGUCGGGACACGCUAUUUGACUAACCGUUGAUAAAUAACACAAAAAUCAAAGCAUGAUAGGGUCUAAAACUAGUUCUGAGUAUAUAUCCGUUAUUAUGCACUCAGAAAGUAGAUGAUAAAGGCGAAUGAAAAAAACAUGGUUACUAUGUACGCCUAUUUAUACGAGUUUCGAGUUCCUCAAGGUUACUGAGAAGUUCGAGAUCAAAUCUGUUCAUUUAGCUCUGGAAAAUUAAACGGUACCAUUGAUGCUACACCAACGCGCUUGACAAAGGGAAUUUAAUUUUACUGAGGUGAUUUGUGAAGCAACUCGCACAUUGUCAGUGUGAUUUUUGUAAGAAGAAAGCAUCCUCUGGAAAACUGCUAAAUAAUGCGAAAAACUAAACAGCUAUUUCAUCGUAGUUGGGGCCUCGUCAGCAGUAUGUGCACUACAUGAGUUCGGGCCCAAAAAAGUUUAGAUCGAGUGGGGAGGAUACAUUCAAGCAGGUGAAUAGGAAUCCGGUGAUCCCUCGGUUCCAAGCCUAAACUCGCAACAUAGGGUUUUGACAAUUAAAAGCAUAUCGACAAUCCAUAUUUUAUUUUUCUGUAUGGAUGUAGAUUUCAGAGCCAUCUGACAGAUUUUAUGUUAGUUUAUCGGCAUUUGAAGUUUACUGAUAACUAAUAUAACAAUGGAAAAGUGAAAUCACAAUUUUCAUUAUGAUUUCUGUCCAACAUUACUUUCGUUUCAAUUCAUUGUGGUAAUUGCUCAUUGCAGUAUUUGUUUUGUUUCCCAGUGUGAUAUUUUAUUGAGUAUACCAGUAAUUUAUUUGAGUAUGGUGUUUGUUAAAGAUAUGAUAUUCUCGUAUUAACUUAGCAUGACAUGCAAUACAUGAUUUAUUAUAACUGGGUAUUUUCCGUAUAUAUGAUUUCAUUCUAAUUAAUAUUAAAAAUCUGUUGGGAUAUUCAGGAAAAUAUCCCAGAAAUUAUUCUAUUAAGUCUAAUGCUAUUCUUGGACUUGGAGAUGGUAUUAUUUACUUAUUGGUCAGUACUUAUUUCACGUGUCGUUUUCCUACUGGUUAAUAUUGUACAAUGUUAUCUUCUAUUUUAUCGUACGAUGUGGUCUGCUUGACUGGUAUAUAAACAAAGUAUGUUUGAAAUAUAAUGAUUCAUAACUC